AUGAUUACUUGGAAUGAAAUAUAUACUGUAUUAUCACAUGUAAUACCACUUUAUGUAGUAGUGAUCUUAGCUUAUAGCUCAGUAAAAUGGUGGAAAAUAUUUAACCCAAAUGAAUGUGAAGGAAUCAACAGAUUUGUGAUGCUUUUCUGCGCUCCACUUUUUUCUAUCAAGUACAUCUUAAACAAUGAUCCUUAUGACAUGAAUUACCGCAUUAUUGCAGCAGAUACACUACAAAAGGUUACUAUCAUAGUUAUCUUGGUUUUGUGGUGUAAGCUAAGUUCAAGAGGGUCUUUUGAAUGGUUUCUUACCCUUUUUGCCGUAUCAACUCUUACCAACACCCUUCUUUUUGGCAUCCCUUUGUUACAAGGAAUGUACGGUGAAUCGCUUUCCCAAUCUACGAUGGUGCAACUUUCUGUGGUUCAAUGCAUUUUUUGGUUACCUGGCUUGUUGUUUCUGCAUGAAUAUAGAAAAGCAAGACUCCUUGUUCCAUGGACUUAUACGGAGCCCGAAGUUGUUACUACUUGUAGUCGUGUUGAUGAAUCUUCUAGGAAUGCUGAUAAUUUAGGGUUUGAUGAGGAGAGGGACAUUGGUGUUGUUAAUGUUGUUGGUCCAUCUGAUUCCAAAGAGAUUGAUGAGGUUCAUAAUGGUCGUGGUAAUGUAAAUCUGGAGGAUGGCGAUCACAAUCACGAUCACAAUCAUGAUCAAGAUCAAAGAGAUUGUGCUCUUGUGCACCACUAUUUGCUUUACAAUUUCAGAGAAUUUCCCCCUUGGUAUUUUGCUAUCUUGUUUCACUCCAAGUAUCUCAAAGAUGAUCUUUGCUCUUUUAAUGUUUUGAGGUUUGCACUUGUAUAUGGGCCCGGGCAUGCCCCAGGCUCUAAUGUGUCGGAAUUGAGUUGGAGAUCAAGGGUUGAGCUGCAACCUGAAACUCAAAUUGAACCCAAAUUUACAGAUAUGCUUCCUUCUGGUGUAACAACCAGGGUGCUCUUGAUCAUGGUUUGGAUGAAACUCAUCAAGAACCCUAACUUUUUCUCUAUUAUAAUUACAGUUACUUGGUCCUUGAUCUCAUUCAGGUGGCAUGUGAAAUUGCCUACAAUUGUAAUGAAUUCAAUUACAAUUCUAUCUGAUGCAGGACUUGGAAUGUCAAUGUUUAGUCUUGGUUUGUUUAUGGCUGCCCAGCCAAGGAUAAUUGCUGGUGGAGGAGCUACGGCUUUUGUCGCUGCAGCAUUGAAGUUCAUUGUGGGCCCCGCAACCAUGGCUGCUACUGCAUUAGUUGUUGGGUUCAAAGGGACUAUGCUUCAGCUUACCAUUGUGCAGGGGGCUCUACCACUAGCAAUUGUCCCUUUUAUCUAUGCUCGAGAGUACAACGUUCAUCCUGAUAUUAUUGGCACAUCGGUUGGCUUCGGAAUGCUUAUAUCUUUACCAAUUACACUUGUUUAUUUUAUGGUACUAAAGCUUAUUAUUAAAUAA